AAAGGGUAAAUUGAUAUAAUUGAAAGUUGAUACUGACUGUAUUAAAUUUCGUUAGGGACAUUUAACUUAUGUCACCGGUCGUAAUCAUUGAGACGAAUGAAAAAUUAUCAAGGCACGACCAAGUUUGUAUAUUUUAGUUGUGCUGACUGUUCCGUUACAACCCACCAUACAAAGACACCGAUUCCAUUGGAACAAAUGCUACAAGUCAUUUAUGGAUGCCCUCCUCUCUCUCUUUCCGCCUACAUAACUUCCAUGAACUAAAUCCAGAAUUAUUAUUAACAUACAUAUAGAGGUCAUUUUGUUUACACAAUGUGUGACACUUAGAGAUAUCACAACCUGCAAUAAACAUUCUAAGAAAGAAAAAAAAAUCUAUAUUGCAUAUUUUCCUUAUAUGUAAGCAGAAUCUCCAAAGAUCUGAACCAUUAGAGAGAUUAUACCCACAGACAUCAGUUUUCAAGAAAAUCUUCAGAAGAAUUAAUAUGGAUGAUAGUAAUCACUUGGACAUUUCUAACAGAAACGUUUCUGACAUUAAAGAUUCAGUUAAACAGACAUCUGGUGAUAAGAAACCAUUCUCUCAUGGUAAAAAAACUUCAUCCUGUAAAGCAAAGUCAUCAAAGGGAAAUAUUAAUUGUGAAAUAUGUGGAAAGACUUUUGUGAAUUCCAGUAAUUUAAAAAAACAUAAAAGGUUACACACUGGACAAAAACCAUUUCAAUGUGAGAUUUGUGGUAAAUCAUUGAAUCAGAAAUACCACCUGAUUCUCCACAUGCGUAGACACACUGGAGAAAAACCUUAUCGCUGUGAAAUAUGUGGAAAAUCAUUUAUUGAUAAUUGUUAUUUAAGAUGUCACAAAAGAACACAUACCAGAGAAAAUACUUUUGACUGUCAAAUAUGUGGAAAAUCAUUUCCUCACAAUUCUCAACUUGUUGUUCAUGUUCGAAGUCACACAGGAGAAAAACCCUUCCACUGUGAAACGUGUGGAAAAUCGUUUAUUAAAAAUUGUUAUUUAACAAGGCACAAAUGCAUAUACACUGGAGAAAGCCCUUUCCGAUGUGAUAUAUGUGGAAAAUCAUUUCCUCACAAUUCUCAACUUGUUGUUCAUGUUCGAAGUCACACGGGAGAAAAACCCUUCCACUGUGAAACGUGUGGAAAAUCGUUUAUUAAAAAUUGUUAUUUAACUAGGCACAAAUGCAUAUACACUGGAGAAAGCCCUUUCCGAUGUGAUAUAUGUGGAAAAUCAUAUGUUGAUAAAAGUAAUUUAACAAGACACACAGUAAUUCAGCAUGAAGGGAAACCAUUCAACUGUGAAGUAUGUGGGAAGUCUUUUAUGAAGAACUCAAUACUUGUUACUCAUGUAAAGGUUCACACUGAAGAAAAACCUUAUCAUUGUGACAUAUGUGGGAAGUUGUUCAUUACCAAUUCUCGUCUUAGAGUUCACAAAAGAAUACAUCCUAAAGGAAAACCCUUCCACUGUGAAACAUGUGGAAAAUCGUUUGUUACCAAUUCCCGUCUUAGAGUUCACAAAAGAAUACAUACUGAAGGAAAACCUUAUCAUUGUAACAUUUGUGGGAAAUCAUUCUCUUUAAAUUUAUAUCUUGUUGCUCAUAAAAAGAUACACACUGGAGAAAAACCGUUCCACUGCGAAAUCUGUGGAAAAUCCUUUUUUAAUAAAUCAAAUCUUGUUAGUCACAAAAGAGUACACACUGGAGAAAAACCAUCCCAUUGUGAUAUUUGUGGCAAAUAUUUUUACUCUAGCAGUAAUUUAACAAGACACAAAUUACUACACACAGGGGAAAAACCAUUCUGCUGUGAUAUAUGUGGGAAAACUUAUGUGAGUAACAGUGAUUUAAAAAGACACAGGCGGAAGCAUAACGGAGAAAAAAGAUUUCACUGUGAAAUUUGUGGAAAAUCAUUCUUCGAUAAUUCUGAUGUUAUAGUUCACAUCAGGAGUCACACUGGA